AUGGAAAUAUUGUUUGAAGACAAAAUUUCUAAACUACCAGAUGAUCUCAUCCUAAAUAUUCUAUCGUUUCUUCUCACAGUGGAUGUUGUUCCAACAUGUCUUCUUUCGAAGCGUUGGAAAAAUAUAUGGCAUUUAGUUUCUACGCUUUCUUUAUCUGAUGAUAGGAUGCCUAAUUUUAAAAACUUUUGCAAUUAUGUUGACAAUUGUUUGGAACAUCGCAAGAGAGGUAUGGCCAAUGAUAAUUCAGUCCUAAUCAAAAGUUUUAAGCUUCAGAUUAUGGAUUUUGAUCCAAGAAAUAAUGCUCCCUACAUUGAUAAAUGGUUAGAUUUUGUUGUUGAGAAUAAAAUCAAUGAGUUAUAUAUUUGCUUGAACCCAGAGGAGGUAGAAGAUGAAGAUGAUGAUGAUUAUGGGGAGCUCUUAUAUUACUGUUUACCCCAAACAAUGCUACUCAACGCAAGAAAUAUCACUGUUUUGGACUUGCAUGGGAUAGAAAUAUUGGAUAAUGCUACUAAUUAUAGAAUUAAUUUUCCAUCCUUGAAAUCAUUGAAAAUGGAAAAUUUCAGGAUGCACAAUGCUGUCUUAUUCAAUUUUGUGUUGGGUUGUCCUCUUCUCGAGAGAUUAAUCUUAAUUGAGUAUAUUAACUCAGGUGACAAUCUCUGCUUAGUCAGUUCAAGGCUAAAGUACAUGAAGCUUAAGGGUGCAAAUAAAGUCCAACUUCUCCAAAUUAAAGCAGAAAAUAUUGAGUAUUUAGAAAUAGUUGAUGUUCCCUUUGACGGAGGAGAGUUUUCUCUUGGCAAGAAUAUUCCAAAGGGCAAUUUUCAUUCAUAUACAAUUGAAAAUAAAGUCACGGAAUUGAAUCUUGACUUAAAGCCAGGAAAAGGUAAGAAUUACGAUUCUUACUACUACUAUAACAGUACUCAACUUAACAGAUUUGACGAUUUUGGAAUUGAGUUGGGUUACUCAUUUAGUUUUCCAUCCUUAAAAUCAUUAUCAUUGGAGGACAUUGGGCUUGCAGAUAAUGUGAAAAAUGAUGUGUUAUCCAAGUCUUUCAUGGAUUGCCCUUCUCUUGAGGAGCUGUUGUUAACUUCUUGUCACAACUUAAGUACUACUCAUCAUCCGCUCUUGGUAAAAAAUCCAACCCUCAAGUUCAUGAAAAUUACAUUUGAUGUAUCCCUUCAAGUUGAAGCCAUAAAUCUUGAAUCUUUAGAACUAUGUUGGGCUUGCCUUGGGAAAAUAAAUCUCUCUUCUUGUAAAGCAAUUAGAAAUCUCUCACUAUCUUAUUGUGAAUGGGAUACGACAACCCAGUCAUCAUUUGAAGAUCUCAUUUCAAACCUCCCACUCCUUGAGGAUUUGAUUUGA